AUGGGAGAGCCGUUGGUGGUCGCCGAGCCGACGACAACCGAGCAAACGCCGCUGAGCAGCACAAAUUCAGUGGCCUAUCAGAAUUCUGACUCAAUUUCCACGCCUUCUGAGCCCCAAUUCAGCGUUGAGAGCAUCUAUCGCGCGCUGAUUAUUUUUUGCGACACCUACUCGUUGGAUAAGAAGCAAGUCGCUCUCGGACUAUUUCUCACAUUUCUGCUCAUCGUCUUCUCGAUUGGUACUGUAGUCGCGUGGAAUCGCUACUCGCCGAUUAUUCAGGAGUUUAUCAUUAAAGAAAAAAGAAGAAUGAACAAAUUCAAGAAGUUCUUCGCCAAGAAGCGCACCGAGAACCAUUUCAAGCAUAGCGGUGAAGGCCAGAAGCUCUCCGAAUCUUCUGGAGCCUCCUCUUCGACCUCCCGUGUGGUGGAUCGUGACGUUCAGGCCGAAGCAGCCCUCCGACGUCUUCAGAAGACAGAACCUCCACAGGAUGCAAGCAAAAAACGAAUUCAGAUGAUGGCCAAGAAGCAGUUAGAAGACGAACGUCGUCAGAUGGAAGAGCUGAAGAUUACAGAGGCUUCUAGGCCACCAGAGCCUCAGGAGCUGGAUCACUCCCAAGUGAUAUCCAAUAUCCUCUACUAUUCAGAGCUCCUAGGAGAAGAGCACGCUCGGACCAAGUCAGAGCUUCUGGAAGAUAUCAAAACUUUCCUCCUGGAGCAAGUCGCCGAGGCUGAAGAUGAGAGUGAUAAGGUGAUUGCAGCAGUGUUGAUGCUCUACUCAUUGAAUCAACGGGAAGUCAAGGAGAAGGCGAUUGAAACGAUUUGCAAGCUCUGUCAGAAUAUUCUAGAGCACCCAGGAGAGGAGAAAUACAAAACGAUUCGUCUCACCAAUGAAGCCAUUCUAACCCGGGUCAUCAAUCCGGUUGGAGGACGUGCCUUCUUAGAAGCUGUUGGAUUCAUGGAGAGAACGAAUUCUGAAGGCGUGCCCCAGAUGGUUUUCGAUAGAGAAACGGAUUUUCACCUGAUUGAAGCUUUAGAGGCUUUGAGAAACGGGCAAGCGGUCCCUAUCAAAGUUUCCAGGAACUUGGAAGUUUUCAAAUUGAAACUUGGACAGGAGGUGAAGGCUCCGAAGGUUCCAGAUGCAUUCUAUAACUUAUCGGCAGCGGAAAUUAAGGCCGAGCAGAAGAAUAAGAGCAAGGAGGUGGAGAGUGUUUGCUCCAUAAAUUCCAAUUUUCCAGAUGCUAACUCUCCGUACCAAAGAAAUGCGCCAACGCGACGAGAAAUCCAGCAACAACAAGUACAAAUACACAGCGAUCCGUGUCAGAUUGCCAGGCAAUCUUGCUGUUCAGCCCUAAAAACCCAUAAAAAUCGAAAAAUCAAAAUUUCCAGGGCGUCUUCAACGUCUUCGAACCCUUCUCGGCGGUCCGAGAAUUCGUUGCAAGCGUGCUCUCCGACGCCGUCGCCGCUUCUGAAUUUCGUCUCUACGACCGUAUCAAGCAGCACGUCGACGAUGAAUCUGUCGCGUUGGUGGAGCUUGGACUGGUGCCAUCUGCCUACCUUCAUCUCACAUUUUUGGACAAUAUCGAUGAAUCUACUGAAAUCCUGGCUCCAAAUCAUUUGGAACGUCUUCACGACUUGGAGGACUAGGAAAUUGAUUUUUUGUUUUGUCUUCAAAUUUGAUUUUUCCCCACUAAUUUAUUCAUUUUUUCUUGGUGAUUUGUGCUCUUCCUCCCCGAUUCUACUUUUUUUUGGCUGGUUAUUCUAG